CGUCCCGGGUCAUGACGUCAAUUUGAGCGACACCAGGAAGCAGCUAGUGCUGCAGGUGGUGAGAAGAAAGAUUAUCAUCAAUCUGAUCAGGAGUGUUUUCAAGGACAGUAAAGAUGUCACAUGUCGGAGCUUUGGCUGCUCUAGGAGUUGCUAUAACUGCUGCUGCUUUAUUCUCUGCCAUACACAAGUUAGAAGAAGGGCAUAUCGGUGUAUAUUACAGGGGUGGCGCACUGCUCACUACCACUAGCGGCCCUGGUUUCCAUCUUAUGCUUCCUUUUAUAACAUCUUUCAAAUCUGUACAGAGCACACUACAAACAGACGAGGUGAAAAAUGUACCAUGUGGGACAAGUGGUGGUGUCAUGAUAUACUUUGACCGAAUUGAAGUUGUUAAUUUUCUGAUUCCUCAUGCUGUGUACGAUAUAGUGAAGAACUAUACGGCUGACUAUGAUAAAGCCUUGAUCUUUAAUAAGAUUCACCAUGAACUGAACCAGUUCUGCAGUGUCCAUACUCUACAGGAGGUGUAUAUAGAACUCUUUGAUCAGAUUGAUGAGAAUCUCAAGCUGGCCCUGCAGCAAGACCUUAAUUCUAUGGCCCCUGGACUCAUUAUUCAGGCUGUUAGAGUUACAAAACCCAACAUUCCUGAGACUAUACGCAGAAACUAUGAGCUUAUGGAAAGUGAAAAAACCAAACUUUUAAUUGCUGCCCAGAAGCAGAAAGUUGUAGAAAAGGAAGCUGAGACUGAGAGAAAGAAAGCUGUCAUCGAGGCUGAAAAAGUUGCCCAGGUUGCAGAAAUCAAAUUUGAGCAGAAGGUAAUGGAAAAGGAAACUGAGAAGAAGAUUUCUGAAAUUGAGGAUUCUGCUUACCUUGCAAGGGAAAAAGCAAAAGCUGAUGCAGACUUUUACACUGCACAGAGAGCAGCUGAGGCAAAUAGGAUUAAGUUAACACCUGAAUUCCUGCAGCUCAUGAAAUAUCAGUCCAUUGCUGCCAACAGUAAGAUCUAUUUUGGUAAAGAUAUUCCAGACAUGUUUAUGGACCACACAGUGGGUUUACGAUCUCCACCAGCAGAUGUGCAUCAUGAGGAUCCACUCAAGGUCAAAGAUGAAGGUUCUACAAUUCCAGAGGAGCGGACAAACUGAGGGCAAGAAACCCUUUAUUUUUCAUAAGACCAUAUCUACAACCUGCGAAGGAGAUACUUUUUUUAAAAAAAAAAAAAGACUAGUUUGUAUUUACCAUUUUAAACUAUUUUUGUAUCCCCUUUUAUGGCAAUGUGGUGAAGUAAUGUACUCAUCUAACAUUGCAGGAGUCAAUAGUUUUGCAAACACUGGAAGGGUUAUUUAUAUAUUUGUCCGUUAAGAAGAUUUUGAAAUUGUUAAUUUGUCUCAUGGUCUUGUAAUUUUUAUACAGUCGCAUGUCAACAUAGUAUUUUCUUCUCUAAAUCUAGCCACAUUCUUUAAUAUACAUAUAUCUAUAAUAUUCAUUGGAUACCCCAGUGUGUGGCCACCUUGACCACUAGAUUUGAGUAGACUAUACCAGCAAAUUAAUUGGUACAAGAUCAUUAUAUAAAUAAUUUGUUGCUGUUGGAUGAAUUUUCUGUAGUGAGGAAUGCUGCUACCUGUCUGCUUCUUGGUAAAAUGUGAUACUAUACAUAAUAUGAAGUCUUUUGGACCAACAACACAAUCACAAGUAUUUUUUAUAUUGUGGAAUUAAAACACUAGCUGUCUUCAA